AUGUUAGCUAAUACGAUUGAGCAAUUGGAUGAAAGCCAUAGCAAGGUCCAAAAAAACCCUAAAACAAGGCACAAGGUUCCUCUAGCUCCCCACACUUGGUUUCUCGAAUCUGUUUCUCGCGGGAAGAACUCAACUUGCUGUGUUUGCUUAAACUCCUUGUCCCCUCCUCAAACUCUUGGCCCUAUGGUGUCAUCAGACAGUUUUGUUCACUGUUGUAGCAUUUGUGGUGCAUCGGCUCACCUUCAUUGCUCUUCAAGCGCACACAAGGAUUGCAAGUGUGUAUCUAUGGUUGGCUGUGAGCAUGUGAUGCAUCAGUGGGCUGUUCGAUGGACGGAGAUAACUGAUCAACCUGAUGAAGCUUCCUUUUGUAGUUAUUGUGAAGAGCCAUGUAGUGGGUCUUUUCUCGGUGGAUCUCCUAUAUGGUGUUGCUUGUGGUGUCAAAGACUUGUUCAUGUUGAUUGUCACAGUAGUAUGUCUAAUGAAACUGGUGAUAUUUGUGAUUUAGGCCCAUUCAAAAGGCUGAUUUUAUCACCACUGUAUGUUAAGGAAUUGAAUGCAUCAGGUGGAUUUUUGAGCUCAAUAACACAUGGAGCAAAUGAGAUUGCAUCUUCAGUGCGUGCAAGCAUUAGAAGUCAGAGUAAGAAGUACAAACAUGGUAAUGAACCGUCUGUUGAUACAGGUAAUAGUGGUGGUACUUGCGACAUGUCUACAGAAAGCACAGCUGAUACCCAUCCUACAUUAAAUGGUUCUCCUGCUCGUGAGGAAGGCUGUAAUGAUAGCUUGAAUGUGGGGAGUCCUCACCAUGAUGGCGUAGAUAAGUUAGACUCAAAGUCUAGCUUUAGAAGAAGUGGGUCGAUUAAUCAGAAGGAUGAGUCUCAGAUAUUAAUAAUGAAACAGAGGUAUGAAAUAACAGAGUUGCCUCCUGAUGCAAGACCCUUGUUAGUUUUUAUCAACAAGAAAAGUGGCGCUCAACGUGGAGAUUCUCUCAGGCAGCGCCUGAACUACCUUCUGAAUCCUGUACAGGUAUUUGAAUUGAGCUCAACACAAGGACCGGAGGUUGGCCUUUAUUUAUUCAAGAAGGUUCCUCACUUCAGAGUUCUUGUUUGUGGAGGGGAUGGUACUGUUGGCUGGGUUCUGAAUACCAUAGAGAAGCAAAAUUUUGUCUCUCCUCCACCAGUAGCUAUUCUUCCUGCGGGAACUGGAAAUGAUCUGGCUAGAGUACUGUCCUGGGGAGGUGGCUUGGGCUCAGUGGAGAGACAAGGAGGCCUUUGGACAUUGUUACACCACAUCGAGCAUGCUGCAGUGACCAUCCUUGAUCGGUGGAAAGUAGCAAUUGUAAAAAAUCAGGGAAAACAACUUCAGCCACCACAAUAUAUGAACAACUAUUUAGGAGUUGGGUGUGAUGCCAAGGUUGCUUUGGAAAUUCACAAUCUACGAGAGGAGAAUCCUGAGAAGUUUUACAACCAGUUCAUGAACAAAGUUCUGUAUGCAAGAGAAGGAGCUAGGAGUAUAAUGGAUAGAACAUUUGCUGAUUUCCCAUGGCAAGUGAGAGUGGAAGUGGAUGGUGUUGAGAUAGAGGUCCCUGAGGAUGCGGAGGGUGUACUAGUUGCAAACAUUGGAAGCUAUAUGGGUGGUGUAGACCUAUGGCAAAAUGAGGAUGAAACUUACGAUAAUUUUGAUCCACAAUCCAUGCAUGAUAAGAUACUAGAGGUUGUGAGCAUAUCUGGAACGUGGCACCUUGGAAAGCUUCAGGUGGGGCUUUCUCGCGCUCGAAGGCUUGCACAGGGGCAGUCUAUUAAGAUACAACUCCUUGCAGCGUUACCUGUACAAAUUGAUGGGGAGCCUUGGUUUCAGCAGGCAUGUACCUUAGUUGUAUCUCAUCACGGACAGGCUUUCAUGUUGAAGAGAGCAGCUGAGGAGCCUCUUGGUCAUGCAGCUGCCAUAAUAACGGAUGUGCUUGAGAAUGCUGAAACAAACCAUGUGAUUAAUGCUUCCCAGAAGCGGGCUCUUCUGCAAGAAAUGGCACUUAGACUAAAGGAGAUUUCAGCAACGACAACAGAUUCGGGGAGCGAUAUAGCCUUGCAUGGCCUUGUUGAGUUGGUUGGUCACAGCUCUGAGCUCGUAUGA